CCGGGCUAUCUUGGCUCUUUCACAGGAUACAGCAAUUGAUGAUAUUUUGCUUCACAAAGCUGCAUCAGCCACAGAAGUGUUCAAGAGGAUAUCACUACUGUCUUCCUGUCAUAUUGUACCCGAUCUUUGUUUUGCGAUCAUCAUGGGAGUGCAGAGAAAGACCCGAAAGUUUGGCCAGGUCAAACGUGCCAUUUCACUUCGUGAUAGCCGACUAAAACAAAAUCAGGCGAAGGAGGAAGCGAAAACCAAAAAGCCCUCCCAGGAUGAAGUUAUCCGCGAAAUCCCUCAGGUCUCUUCAGCCCUCUUCUUCCAGUAUAACACCGCUCUCGCGCCUCCAUAUUCCGUCCUAGUAGAUACCAACUUCCUUUCCCAUACCGUUCAACACAAACUCGAACUCAUACCGACCAUGAUGGACUGUCUCUAUGCAAAAUGCAUCCCUGUCAUCACUGACUGCGUUUUGGCUGAACUUGAGAAACUGGGACAGAAAUACCGCCUGGCUCUGAGAAUUGCCAAGGACCCGAGGUUCGAAAGAGUUAAAUGCGAUCACAAGGGGACAUACGCGGAUGACUGUAUCGUCGAUCGGGUUAUCAAACAUAGGAUCUAUAUCGUGGCUACGAACGAUCGCGACCUGAAAAGAAGGAUUAGAAAAAUUCCGGGUGUUCCCAUAAUGAGCGUUGCCAGAGCAAAAUACGUCAUUGAAAGACUUCCUGAUGCUCCUGAGAAGUGAAAUUGAGUGGAGUCUAAUCAUUACUUUAUUCGAUGACUCGCGCCCUGAGGAUGUGAAUUCAUUUGUUGAGGAUGCCGAAGCAUUUCCUUGAGAUGACGCCUAGUCUAUGUUUUUGGUCUCUAUCUAGAGACCACGAGCAUCAGAACGGUGCUAUUCGUGCGGAUGACGAAAGAGGACAUAAUUGAGAGUCUGAGGAACCUCAGAGGCCACUACCUGUUUUCCCUAGAGGACUUGAAAAGAGGUACGCGAUAUGGCUACUCAGAGAGCCAAAGCAAAAUUAUGUACAUAUUUGAGCGCAUCAAGCUCAAAAGCAGCACAGCAGUGCUGGCUAAUUUUGAGUACGGGAGUACUGAGUUACGCUCGAAAAUCAGAGAUAAUACAACAAUGGCUCAUAUUAAAUUACUCU